AACAAAAACAACUCGAACGACCGAAGUUCGUAGAGUUUAGGUCAGUUAAUUUCGUAACGUUCAUCGUAUAGGAUUGUUGUGUUAAAAGUUUUAAAAAGUUAUUAACUGGAUAUCUUAACGUAACUUAAUUAUUGUACGAGUAAAAUAAGCAAGACUGACUUAACAGAAGAAAAAAAAAACAGUUUCUUUGUUCAUCAUUAUCAAAGUGGAAGCGACGUUGCCGCCCUUACGAAAGAUAUUCAUUAUCUGACGCAAUAACGGUUUGGCAACAGCGCACGGAUUUGGACUGAAUUCGACAAUUAUAACUGAUGUGUUAACCAGCUUAUAAAACCAUUGGGUUUUCCACAUUACGGAUUCCUUUAUGAGGUACUAGGCCUCGUCGCCCGGUCGCUGGGACCGUCGGGUCGGGCAGUGGGGGAAUCGGCGCGAGUGCAAAGGGGGGAUCUACCCAAUAUAGUUCUUCUCCUGAACAAGCUUUGGUGCCGAUUCACCCUUUGCUCGAUACUGCCAGGCCGGGCGAGAUGUCGCGAGCGGGCGCGAGGCACCCGGGUGCUGACGAUAGUGUAGCCAGCUCGUCAACAGAAGUUAUGGAGGAUAGACCAGAACAGCUGUACGCCACCCUCAAUGAAUAUUUACAGUUGGAACACAAGUUUCAACCAAGGUUGUGUCUGCCUGAUGAAUCUGAGAGUGGUGAGGUAACUAUAGGCGCGAGGGACGGCGCUGCUCAUGUACUUCGCUGUCUUAAAGUGUGGUUCGAUCUGCCCGCGGAUGUUCUUGUCAGCGCCAUUAAUCUAUUUGACAGAUUCCUAACCAAGAUGAAGGUGCGUCCGUGUCACGUGCCUUGCAUCACGGUGUCCUGUAUGAAUGUGGCGCUGGACGAGCACGCGGAACUCACCAAGCAGCCGAGGACCGUCUCUAUUGAGGAAUUGGUGUCGGUAUCUCAGUCGGCGUGCACGUGGCGUGACGUGGCGCGUAUGUCGCGCGUGCUCGCCGACAAGCUCGCGUUGACGAACGCGCGCGCCGUCACUCCGCUGCACUGGCUGCGGCUGGUGCGCGCGCUCGCCGCCGCACCCGCGCCACAGGAAAGUGAAUUAGUAAAUUUACUAGAAAUAGCGAUCUGUGACGCAGGAUGCGCUAACGCCAGGAUGAGCGAACUGGCGCUCGUCAUUGUAUACCAUCAAUUAGAGAAACAACUAACAGAGUGGGCGAGACAUAAAGACGUGUCGGACGAGCUUUACUAUCUAUAUGAGUUUGCGGCGCAGCUGCAGGCGUAUUGUAACAUGUGUGAAACGUCGUUAUUACGUACUCGCGAUGUGUUCCGUACUGUGUUGUCGCGGUACGAGGCUCGCUGCGCCGCGCCGCAGAGACAGCGACUUGUAUGGAGGUUGUCGGAACGCACGUUAAAGGUACUUCGACCAACGGAUCGUCUGACCUCGCUCUUGCCGACCAUAGAGGAACAACACCUCGCCACAGACAACACGCCCAGUAGGAAUAGAUCGGGCAGCGAAAGUAGCGAAAGUGAGGAGACAUCUGAUUGGCCGAGGAGCCCCGUCCUGCCGGUCUACUGCAGCAACUGACAGCGACCCCCAAACACCCCCCGGGUCUACACGAGAAAACGCCCCCCAAUUCAACAUUCAACAAAAUAUAGUUGAGAAAAAUUAAAGGUAUUAACGACCCCCAAAAAAUUACUAGUCUAAAGAGUAACAAAGACCCCCAAACAUCAAGAUACAAGAUAUAUAGACGAAUUUUAGAUGCCAACGACCA